UCAGUGUGUGUGUCUGUGUUUGUGUGUGUUAUGUACCAGUCGUUAUAUAGAUGUGUUGGUUUCUGUGUCGUCACAAAAACAGUGAAUUCAAAACGAAUUGUUUUCGCUGCUUACUUACCAUAUAUGUAUAUUAUAGACUGGAGAGUUUUAAAACUUUAGCAGUUUUUACAUAACUUAUUUAAAAAAAAAAAGAGAGCCUGGUUUUCCAUGAUGUAGGCCUUUUAACAAAUUCUUAGAACUGCUCUUUUUGUGUUUUUUCAUGCUCUCCAGCAGUGCAAUCUUCUAGAAUGUGUCUUUAAAGCCCGGAGAAGAAGUGUUGAGUCAUGGCGCAGUAAAUCAAAAGGGUUGCGCAGUCAGGAACUGGCAUGAGGACGAGAGGUGCUCCGUCUGAUUGCUGCCUCCCAGCUCAAACUGAUUUAUCAGAGCGGCCCUGCUGCAGUUAUCAAUCUCGCCCAGCGUCGGAUGAUGGCCGCGAACAGUGACUCCUCCGCCGUGCUAAUUGUGAGGAGGAGUGUGUGUCCCAUGUUGCACUAGGAGUGUGUGUGUGUGUGUGAGAUGCUGGCCUGUUUGCCAGGGCCAGGUGACCUCUCCCUCCAGCUUCUUCCCCACUCGCAGAUGAACACUGGACUUCAGAAAUGGGACACUACACAGAGGAUGAGAUCAGCUCAGUAUCCGACCCCCGCGGAGCUGGAUGCUUAUGCUAAAAAGGUCGCCAACAGCCCCCUCACAAUCAAGAUCUUCCCCAACAGCGUCAAGGUCCCGCAGCGCAACCACGUGCGCCGCACCGUCAACGGCCUGGACACGGGCGGCCCGCGCUACAGUCCCUACCCCCCUUCCCAGCCCACAGCCAAGGCCGGCCUCCUAGCCAUCGUCAAGGCGCCCAUCGCCAAGGGCGUCAUCAAGGACUUUGCCGGCACGAGGGCACGUCUGCACCCCGAGGCCAUGAUGAGCGCCCCCGGAGGCCCUUAUGCUCCUGCGGGUGCCAGCACUUUAACCCUCCACCAUGGGCCGCAGCCGCUCCCCAGAGUGCCCACCCAGGUUCAGCAGGGGCUCCCCCAACACACACAGACUCUCCAGCCUCUCCAGCAGCCGCAGCCUCAGCCUCAGCAGCAGCAACAGACUGGAGGACCACAUCAGGGGCAUCACCCCCCUUCCGCUAUGCCUCAGCACCCCCAGGGCAUGGGCAGGACGCAGCCUCUCUCGCACCCCCCUGCCCUGGCUCACCCAGGUCCACAGCCCCCUCCUGCUCUCCUGCUCCAACAGCAGCAGCAGCAGCACCUCCAGCAGCCUCCUCCAGGCCUGCAGGGCGGCGCCAGGAAGCUCCCGGAUGCCGACGCCCCUCCCAACGUGACCGUGUCUACCUCAACCAUUCCGCUUUCCAUGGCCGGGGCCCUGCACCAGGGCCGGCAGGCCGACCUGAGCAGCAUAGUGCACCAGAUCAACCAGUUCUGCCAGGCCCGGGCUCAAGGCGCCGGCGCCACGUCCGUGUGCGAGGGCCAGAUUGCUAAUCCCAGCCCCAUAAGCCGGAACCUGCUCAUCAAUGCUAGCUCCCGGGUGUCCAUGCACGGUGGGCACCCCAGUGCCCUUAUGCACCCUUCGUGCACCGUGGGACCCCUGGACAAAGCAGCUGCUCCGGCCCCAGUGGGCAGUGCACCCCCACACAACAUGGGCGCCAUGAACCGGAUACCUUUGUAUCACAAUGAUAUGAAGCAGCAGCAGCAUCCGCAGCCUAUACAGCACCAACAGCAGCAUCAGAACCAUCAACAGCACCCAGGCCGGCACCAACAGCAACAGCAACAGAUGAGGUCAUGGAACCAGCAUCAGCUAACCCACCUGCAGCACAUUUCCGACGGGGUUGGGCACCCUUGCAAGCCUCCUCAACGGGACCCUCCUGGCUUCCCCUGCAAGGGCAUGAGCUACCCCACGGAGCUGUGCAUGGGGCAGCCUUACGCCCUCAAACCCCCCAUAGAUAAGCCAACCCCCUCGCCGCCAGUCGUAAACAACAACAACGGCAUGGCGCACUACACCAACGGGCAGUACUACCACCAGCCGCCAGUGUGGGGCAGCAUCUUGCCCACGCCCAACAGCGACAGCUCGGGAUCGCAGGAGCUGCCCGUGCCAUUCCACGGCGCCGCAGGCAACGGCACGGGCAGCACCAACCCCGCCCCAGGAGGGGUGGACUGCGCCCCCACGGGAGGAACGGCCCAUUACCGCCCGGCGGCGGGGGUGGCGGUGGUUGCGGGGCAGACUAAUCUGAUGCAAACGGCGGAUUACAUGGGAGGGGACUUCCAGACGCCCUGCUUCCGAGAUCAAAAUCUGGGCCUAAUGGGGAAGAUGCACAGGCCGCCCCCCAUAGGCAGGGUGGUGGCCCCCCCUUCCGAGGCCCAUGGCCAGCACCCAGGGUACAGAUAAGCUUCGAUUUAAAUUAAAAAAAACAAAAAAGACAGGCUCUGCUCCACUGUCUCUGUCCACUGCAGAUAGCCACAUACUCUGACAUACUCUGACAUACUCUACACUCUACUCUCAGUCUGUCUUAAUGCAGAUACUACUUAACAUGAGGAAGAAGCAUUAAUACACAUUCACAUCACAGGUUCAGUUAAAAACAGGAAAACAACAGCAUCACUGAUGUUAAAAAACAAAGUACUCAAGCAAACACAUCUAACAAAGAGCAGUGUUUCCGCUAUUGUUUUUUUCUUUUAAUCAUCAGUCUUGCAAGUGAUCAAUUUUUUUAAAGGAGUGCUUUAAUUGGGCACCUUUAAGGGAUUGUGUUCAAUGGUCCCUCAGUUUUUUUGUUUUUUUUCCUUUACUUCCUUCCACGGAAUCUUCUGUAGCAUACAAAUACAAUCUGAACUGGGCUAAAGACAUCCUCCAAACGUCUUAAGCUUCGUCUCUUUUUUCCGUGAAUAACCGACACCUUUUCAUGCCAGAGCUUUACGAUUCAGCCAGGCAAGCUCAAUAAUGCAUCAGGAUGUUUUCUUUUUCUUUUCUUUCUUUUUUUAUUUAAGGAUGUGUCCUGCGCAGGAAUAAAUCUAGUUUCUAAAGAUCCUUUGGAGACAUAACAUGGCUCCUGUUCAGAGGCAGCCCUGGUUUCUUUUUCUUCUGAAAUAAGCAUACUUAUUUAUUUGUGGAAAGGGAUGCCACGUUGGAAUCUACAUGUUAGACUGGCUGAAGUACAGUACUGUGCAAAAGUCAGAGACCACCCAUCAUUUAUAUAAUUUCUAGUCAAAAUAGCCAUUCAAUACAAGUUAUUCAUUUUUUUGCACUUGUAUAGAUAAGGAAAAACAGGGUUACCAAAACUGGAGUUCAGAUAGAUACAGAGAAAAUGGGACAACCGUGUAAGGCCUGGUAGAUCAUCAAAACUCACCAUCAUCAUCUGUCAAUAUCAGAUAAACAGUAAUUAGAGCUUUCGUCUUUGAGAGAGAGGAGAAAAUCAAGCUCCACUCUUGCUUUAUAUGAAAACAUCCACAGGUGUUUCUGUCCAUCCUUCCACUGUGAGAAGACAACUCAGUGCUAUGGGUCUGAAAGGAUGUGUAGCUGUAAAGAAAGAAGCUCUUACUGAGAAAAGGAGACAGACACAUCAAACAAAGUAGCUACUAGUGUUCUCAGAACAAUGGACUGACCACCCCAGAGUCCAGACCUCAACAUCACUGAAUGUGUUUGGGAUUAUUUGGAUCAUGAGAAGCAGAAAAUGCAACCAACUUCUAAGACUGAACUUUGUAGGUGUGGAAAACGUCCCUGUAAUUAGUCUCCUGAAAAGAGUGGAAGCUCUAAUAAAGGCAAAAAGUGAUCAUUCCAAAAUCUGCAGAGCUCUGCUGGUGACAUCUUGUAUAAAUAAAAUUAAUGCGUGGCCAUGCUGUAUUAACAUGUGGGAACAAGAUCUUAACGCAUGGUCACUUAGUAAGGCGUGGGAAUGAGAUAAUCAAGUCGUGGCUACGACUUAGUAAGGCACAGGAACGAGAUCAUGUGGUCAAAGCUUAAUCAUCUCAUUCCCAUGCCCUGCUAAGUUUUGGCCACGCAUUAGGAUCUUGUUCCCAUGCCUUGCUAAGUCGUGGCCACAACUUAAAUAUCUCAUUCCCACGGCUUACUAAGUCAUAGCCAUGCGUUAUUUUUAUUUAUGGGAUGUCACCAGCAGGGCUCCGUAAAAAUGUACUGAAAAUCUGAUAUUAUAUUUAGUAGUUGUUGAGGCUUUUGUGUUUCUAUUAAAUAUCCGAACUUCUACUUAGAGGCCGUUUUAACUGGGAAUGAAAUAAAUAACGGAAUAGUCUCAGACUUUAGCACAGCACUGCACGUCCAACCAGGUUGUAUCCGUGGCUAAUUGAGUCGCUUGUUCAGCUUGAUCCGAGUGGGGAGCAGAAUUUGUCACGUCUCUCUUUUAGUCAAAAGUGCUGUGACAAAUCAGGGGCCCGUUCACAUCUCGAGUCACUUAGAUGGAUGAAGUCGGCAGCACGAUUGUGGAUUUUAGUGAUCUUAAGAAGCCAUUCUGAGGCUGAAUUUAAAAAGCAAAAAGCUAAGAGGAGAUACUGAGGUUCAUGGGGUGCCAUUGUACUUCACUUUCUUAAGAUAUGAAAACUUAUUACUUGAAUUCUAGGGGUGGGCUUUUCUCUCUCAUUAGAUGGUUUGUGAUAAAGUUAGCAGGACUAAACUUACUACUGGAGAAGAUUGUGUAUGGUGGAUUGUUACUAAUACCAUUUAGAGACUAACUAUGAACCAAAAGUGAGAUUAAGAUGAUUUGAUCCUGCGUUUUUCUCAUGUAUCUGUUGGAAUAACUUCAGUUAGGAGUUGCUACUGAUACUCUAACGACGUGCUUGAAUAGACCAAAUUGAUCACUUGCAAGAUCGCUUGUGGGUAAAUCAAGGAGGACGUGUUUUUUUUUUUUUGUUUUGUUUUUUUUAUUGUCAAAGGUGAAACAGCAGAUGAAUUGUUUAUUUUAUUGUACACACUGGCUAAUCUGCUAUACUACUGUAACUCUAAGAAGUGUAAUGAUUGUGUGAAUGGUGGAUACCCGUGGGUAUGGUUACCAAGGACUUUUUUUGUGGAUGAACGAGUGCGCGUGAAUGAGUGAACGAAUGAAUCGGUGGCCUGGUUUCGUUUGAGUGCGCGUGUGCGUUCGUGGGUGGAUUGGCCCACACCCACUCUCUGCUUGCCUCCCUCUGGAACAGCCCUUAUAAAGCCUUAAGUAUUUGGUCCUUGGACUUUCCUUUGAAAACAAGCAUGGUUAUUAUGAAACCUAUAAUAAUGAUGAUAAUUAUGAAAACGAUGACAAAUAGACUAUAAAGGAACAGCAAUUUUUUUUCCUUGUUUAUUUUUAUUAACUAAAGCUUUUGUUGAAUAGAAAAGCAAUUCCUUAGAAUUACUUUACAACGAAAAUGAAGAAAAAAAAUAAUAUUUUAUCGUAAUUAUGUUUUAUAGCUAUGUGUAGUUCUGGGCUGUAACAAAAAAAAUCUUUUUAUUCCGAGUUUCAAAGCUUCAGUUUUGCAAUUUGUGACUAUUUAUAAUUAUGAACUUGAUUUUUUUUCCUUGUUAUUUAAAUCUUUUUUUUUCCUUGUUUUUUUGCUAUAGCUGUGAAAUGGAGGAAGGCUCUAGAAAGCCUUUCUCAUAUCUGUCACUCUGUGGCUGUUGAAUGAAUGAGCGGAAAACUACAGAGUGUGUGAGAGUUGUGCUACUCUUUUUGUAAUAUUGUAAUAAUAAAAUAAAGUUCUAAUUUAUGCUUUAAAA